AUGGCCCCAGUUGCUGUCGCCCCAGAGACCCCGGUGUUCAACACCAAGCGUGAUGGACAGGCCCUCGAGGAAACCUCCGAUGCCAUCGACACCGUCAACGUCCUCAAGCAGAACAUUAAGCAAGACGACAAGGAUAUCUACGCCGAAUCUGAAUUCGACAAGAACAAGGACAAGACCAAGUUCCGUCAAUACGAGGACGCCUGCGACCGUGUCAAGAACUUCUACAAGGAGCAGCACACCAAGCAGACUGUUGCUUACAACCUGAAGGCCCGCCACGCCUUUCACUCCAAGACCCGCGCCGAGAUGACCAUCUGGGAGGCCAUGGAGAAGCUCAACACCCUCAUUGACGAGUCCGACCCCGACACCAGCCUCUCCCAGAUCGAGCACCUUCUCCAGUCCGCCGAGGCCAUCCGCCGCGAUGGCAAGCCCCGCUGGAUGCAGCUCACCGGUCUCAUCCACGACCUGGGCAAGCUGCUCUACUUCUUCGACGCACAAGGCCAGUGGGACGUCGUCGGCGACACCUUCCCCGUCGGUCUCGCUUUCGAUGACCGCAUCAUCUACGGCACCGAGUCCUUCAAGGAGAACCCUGACUACGGCCACGACGUCUAUGGCACUAAGUUCGGAAUUUACAGCCCCGGCUGUGGUCUGGACAAGGUCAUGCUUUCCUGGGGUCACGACGAGUACCUCUACCACGUCGUGAAGGACCAGUCCACUCUCCCCGACGAGGCCCUGGCCAUCAUCCGCUACCACUCCUUCUACCCCUGGCACAACGCCGGCGCAUACCAAGAGUUGAUGAACGAUCAUGACAAGGAGAUGCUCAAGGCCGUCAAGGCCUUCAACCCCUACGACCUUUACAGCAAGAGCGACGACGUUCCCACCGUCGACGAGCUCAAGCCAUACUACCUCGAACUUAUCGACGAGUUCUUCCCCAACAAGGUCAUCAAGUGGUAG